AUGAUCGAGCUGAAAGAAAAAAAAGAACUCGCAACAAUGGCACAAUCGGAACCUAAUGGACUAUUUGCGAUGGUGGAACUCAACUACCAUGGGGUAUUUAAUCGAAAUCCUUUCUCUUACACUGGUGGUGUUAAAACCAUCUUCAAUGAUGUUGACUUUUCUUCUAUAACUUAUUCUGAGUUUGUGACCUUCUGCGAACGUUUCAUGCAUGAAGAGUGUAAAAAGUUUUACUACUGUGAACCAGACAUGUCCUUCAUGGAAGGCCUUAAUCCCAUUUCAGAUGAUGUGGAAUAUUCUGCUUUUAUUUUUGAUGCUUAUGGAAUAGAUGGUGUAAUUUCGGUUUAUGUGGAUCAUAUUGGGGUUGGUGUUGAUGGGUGGCAUGAUGAUGAAGAUAAUGAUGAUGAUGAACAUGAGUCUUGUAUUGAUGGUGAAAAUGAAGACAACAUAGAUGAACUUAGAAAUGUUGCCUUUGAAUUUAAUGAGGAUGUAGUGCAUAUGAAUAGGACAUCAAAUGAUCCUUUCUUGAGUAAGCUAUGUGUUGAUGAUGAGGAUGCAAACAACAUUGUAGAUGAUGACAAUGGGAGAGAAGUUGAAGUUAACAUACAAGCUCAUUCCAUAUUUAAUGAGCUAUUGCACUGGAAAAAACAAAAACCAAUUCCAGGGAUGAGAUUUAAGGGUCCAUGGCAAGUAAAAUCAAUGUUGUGUAACCAUGCUGUAGCUAAUGGAUAUCAAUUGUGUUUUGAAAAAAAUGAUCAGACAAGACUUUUGGUGAGGUGUAGCAAAGGUGCUUGCACAUUUAGAUUAUGGGCUUCCUGGAUGAGUGAUGAAGAGAGUUUCCAAAUCAAGUCACUAAAAGCUGAUCAUAAUUGUGCUAGGAACUUCAAGUUUGGAUCAUUGGUGACAUAUGCAUGGAUUGGGAGUCACUAUACCAAAGAGAUUGUAGAAAGUCAGAAAAUAAGUGUAAGGAAGCUUAGGUUAAAGGUAAUGGCCAAGUUUGGUAUCCAAGUUAGUAUGGGGCAAUGUAGAAGAGCAAAGAAGUAUGCACUGAAACUUGUUGAAGGAAACCUUGUUGAACAUUAUGGUAAGCUAUGGUCAUAUGGUCAUGAGAUUUUAAGGACAAAUCCUGGGUCAACUGUGAAACUAGAUAUGGAGGAUGGGCCAGAUGGAAAGAAAUAUUUUAGCAAGUUCUAUUGUUGUUUUCAAGGAGUUAAACAAGGUGUUUGUAAGGGAGAAUUGCUUUGUGCUAUUGGGAGGGAUGCAAAUGACAAGAUAUAUCCUAUUGCUUGGGCAGUGGUUAAUGUGGAGAACAAGCAGAAUUGGAAGUGGUUUCUAGAGCUUCUCAUUGAUGAUCUACACUUGAAUUUAGGCAAUGGUUUCAGUUUAAUGUCAGACCAACAUAAGGGUUUGAUAGAGGCUGUUAAAGAGUUGCUGCCAUAUGUAGAGCACAGGCAGUGUGCUAGACAUAUUUGCCAGAAUUUGCAGAAGAGAUUUACUGGUGCCAUAUAUCAUACCUUGUUUUGGAGAGCAUCUAAAGCCACAACUGAGCAUGCUUUUAAAGUUGUGAUGAAAGAAAUUGAGACAUUGAACCCAGAAGCCCAUCAAUAUCUCAUGGAGAAAGAUCCUAAAACAUGGUCUAGAGCUUUCUUUCAAACUGGAAGGUGUUGUGAUGCAGUUGAAAAUGGGUUCUCAGAAAGUUUUAAUGAUGUAAUAGUAGAUGCUAGGAAGAAACCCAUAAUAACCAUGUUAGAGGAGAUAAGAUUAUACAUGAUGGAUAGAAUCUACAACAUGAAAUUAAAGGGACAACAAUGGGGAAAUCAUAUUUGUCCAGAGAUAAGGGAUAAGGUGAAUUUGCUUAAAAAAGCUCAAAGGCAUUAUCAGGUACUACCAAGUGGAUUAAACCAGUUUGAGGUAAGGGGAGCAAUAGAUGCAUAUGAGGUGGACUUAGAAAAAAAAAAAACAUGCUCAUGUAGGUUGUGGCAAUUGAAUGGAUAUGGAUGUGCUCAUUCUGUAGCUAGCAUAUCCUUUCUUAAUAGGGAUGUAGAAGCCUAUGUAGACAACAUGUUUAGCUCAACCACAUUUAGAAAGGAAUACAAUUACAGAAUUGCUCCCAUGAAUAGUAGUGACAUGUGGCCAGAGACAAACUAUACUCCACCAUUGCCUCCUAUUAAUAGAAGGAUGCCUGGUAGGCCAACUACUAAGAGGAAGAAAUCCACUACAGAGAAUACAGGAACACACAAGGUUUCUAAGGAUGGAAAGAAAAUCAGAUGUAGUAUUUGCAAGGAGAUAGGUCACAACAAGGCCACUUGUCCACAGAGAAGGCCCCAAAAGUUAAAUGUGAAGAAACAGAAGAAACAAAAAGUAUGUGUGAACCAAAAUGCAGGACAGGGUAGUACAAGUGAACCACAACAACAUGAAGAGGUUGAAAUGACUCCAAUUGAGAUGGAUACUACUCAAAAUGAUAUGCAAGUUGCUCCUACUGAUGUUGAAUCUAGUAGUGCAGGGGAUUUUAUUCAAUAUGUGCAAUUCACUCCACCUAGAAGUUAUGAAGGUGAUGAGGGUGUUAUGGGUGAGGAAGCUGAUGUGGUUGAGGAAGCUAUUGUGGUUGAGCAAGUUGUUCAAGAUGAGGAGGCUGAGGAGGUUGAUCCUGUUAUACAAGUUGAUAAUGUAAAUGUUCAGGAGGUUGAUGAGGUUAAUCAUAAUGCCCAAGUGGAUAAUGGUAAUGUUCAGGAGGUUGCUCCUGUUAACCAAGUUCAACACGUUUGUGUUAGGCCAAUUUCAGAUAUUUUGAAGAGGAUAAGGAGAAGAAAGUCAGAGAGAAUACUAAAGCUGAAAUUAGGCAAAAAAAUUGGUGGUGUUGAUGAUCCAGGAAAUUCGAAGGGAAAAGCUCUUGUAAUUGAUUAG